AUGCCCACCUCGUCUCCACCCAGCCGCGGCGAUGCUAAAUCAUCCGUCACAACGCGAUUCCGUUUCGUCCUGCUCUGGAUCCUCUUUUCCGCAGCUAACUACGGCUAUGGCAUUUCGGAACUGAAUGCGCUCCAACCCAUGCUCACCUGCCAAGUCCGCUCUCCCUCUCCCUCUCCCUCUGCGUCUGUGUCUGUGUCUGCGUCUGCGUCUCCUUCCAGUGGGUGCAUUUCGCUGACCGAGGCGCAAUUCGGCCUCGUCACUUCGCUCUUCACGCUCGGCGGGCUCAUCUCGUCGUUCCUCAUCUCGCCGCUCUCGAAAUCGCUCUCGUGGGGACGAAAGACGUGCAUCACUGCAUCGGCGAGCUUUGGCAUACUGGGCAGCCUCGUGCUCACCUUCUCCUCCAGUCUCACUGGCUUAGGUAUAGGUAGAUUCGUUCAAGGCAUCGGAUCGGGGAUUGGCGUAGUCAUCGUACCAAUCUUCAUCAACGAGAUUUCGCCAACAGCGUUGAAGGGGAGCAUUGGAGUGCUGAACCAGUUUUCGAUCGUGUUGGGGAUCUUUGUGGCUCAAGCGAUUGGUGCGAGUUGGUUGGGAAGUGAUGGAUGGUGGUGGCGAAGUGUACCGGGGGUGAGCGGGGCGCUGUCGUUGCUACAGUUGCUGGGCUCGUUGACGGUGGGACUGGAGUCGCCAGGGUGGCUGGAGGGUGAAGGCAAGAAGAGUUGGACGAUGCGAGCCAACGAUGAGGCGGACGAGGUGAGAAAGGUUUUAUGGUCAGCCAAGGAGGUGCAGAGUUGGAAAGAGGGCCGAAGAAGCACCGGUAGCAAUGAUGACGCUCGAUCCGACGAAGAGAGACAAGCGCUUCUUGCUGGUAGUGAGGCAGAUGCGUCCAGAGCCAACGUGAGCUCUAUGGAAGUCAAAGUGGGGCUUUGCACGCUCUUCUCGGAUCCGGAGCUUCGACCAGGCACGCUUCUGGUGAUGCUAACCCAACUCGGCCAACAGCUUUCCGGCAUCAAUGCGGUGCUGUACUACAGCGUUGGCAUUCUCGGCUCGAUCGUUCCCUCACUCGCCGGGUCGAUUGGGAUCGUGAUCACGCUCAUCAAUAUCGUCAUGACUUUCCCGCCCAUCUGGCUGAUUGACGAACGCCGCGUUGGGCGCAAAACCCUGAUGCUCGCAUCCGCUCUGGUCAUGAGCAUCGCCUCUGCCCUCUUGGCCACGGGCAUCGUCUACGGAUACAAAAUCAUCAGCGCUAUAUGCAUGAUCCUGAUGGUCGCCGGCUUCUCGUUCGGACUCGGUCCGAUUCCUUUCGUCAUCUUGCCCGAACUGGUCGCUUCGAGAGCCGUGUCGACCACCACCUCGUUGGGUUUGACGUUGAACUGGACCGCCAACUUUGUCGUCGGCUCAGCUUUUCUACCCAUCAAAAACUGGCUUGCUGGCUACGACGCCGACCACACCGGAGGUGCUGUAUUUUGGAUCUUUGCGCUGACUAACCUGGCCACAGCUAUCACUGUGGCUAAGAUGUAUCGCUACCAGCCUGAGUGA